UAUGGAGCAAAAAUCAAAUGAAAUGGAAAUGGCUAUGGUAAAUCUUGCCAAACCAGAAAUUAAUGACUAAACUGAUGAAUAUAAGGUUUAUACAAGGAGAUAUAUAAUGGCAUCAUUUUUUGCAUUCUCUACUGUAUUUCAUUUCUUAAUUUCUAAGAUUUGUUCCUCAAUGAUGUUUUCAACUUGUAAUCCCAUUGCAUCUGUUCUUGCUGCUGUUUAUGAUAUACCUACAUUUAUAGUCUCAUUAGCAGCAAAUGGAUUUCUACUCAUGCAUCCUCUCUUAACUUUUGUAUGUAAUUCAAUUAUUCUUAAAACAGAAACAUUUAUUGUCAAUCAAACAGAUAUUUCAAUUAGUCUUAAAAUUGGAUGUGCUCUAACUUUGUUUGGGGCUUUUAUUAGAACUGCUACAGUUAUUACAGAAAGGUUGUAUACUUUCACUAAAAUAUAGAUUUUAUACUGUUAUUUUAGGAUCACUUGUUGCAGGAAUGGGAAGACCUUUUAUUAUUAAUAUUCAAGCCAAUGUUGCAAAAGAAUGGUUCAGACCAGAGGAUAAAACUACUGUAAUGAUUGCCUUUUCCUUCAUUAUCACUUGUUCUAGUGUAUUUGGGUAUUAAUUUUAAAUACUUAUCAAAAGAGUUAUAAUACCAGGGUAAAUAUUCAAAGGAUAUCAAUAUGAAACUGAUCCAGAUGAUGGUAAAAUAUUAACCGGAAAACUUAUGGUUAUUGAAUUAGAAAUCUUUAGUGCUAUUUUAAUUCCUGCGAUACUUUUUUUUAGACCAAGUCCUCCAACACCACCUGGUGCUAUAAAUAAAUCAAGAGAUGAAUUUACUUAUUUACAAUCUUUAAAAAUGACAGCAAAAAAUAAAAACUUUGUAACUUUUAAAUCAUUACUUAUAUUAGAUUUUAUUAUUUAUUUGUUAUAGUCUAUUAAUGGGAGGAUUUCACGCAUUGGCUGUUGUAAUUUCAUAUUUAUUCAAUCCUUUUGGAUUCACACCUUCAUAAACCAGUUUUAUAUGUAUUAAUUAUAGUUUAUAAUAAAGAAAGUUCUCCUAUCAUUUGUGGAUUUGUUAGUUCAGUUAUGUAUUCAAUUUUAAUAAGAAAAUUUCACUUAAAUCAUAAGAAAAUUGUGUUAUUUAAUUUAAUUCCAGUUUUGGUUAGUUUAGGUUUAAGCUAUUUUGCAUUAAUGACUGAAAGUUUACCUCUGGUUUUGUUAUGCUAUUCAGUAUUACAAUUAUAUUUUAUAGGUUCUUGGCUUUUUUGUGAUUCCAUGUAUACCAUUACAACUUGAAUUAGCAUGCAAAGUCUUACAUCCGAUUAAUUAAACAAUAGCUGUAGGAUUUUUAUUGGCUGGAGUACAUAUUUGGAGUUUCUUUUUUGGCGAAAUUCUUUCAUUAAUUACACAUGAUUAAAAUAAGUAAUCUUAUUAAUUAUCUAUAUAUUAGAACAUAGGCUUUUUAUGGAUGCUUAUUGUUAUUCUUAUCUUUUUUAGCUGCAGCAAUUUGUUUUUCUAAAGUUAAAUUACCUAAAGAAGAUGAAGAAGAAGAAGCUACUUAAGUGAAUCAAUCUACUCAAGAAGGAAUAUGAAGUUAGAAUAAAUAAUUAUUGUUUUA